AGUGUUUCACCAACGAGCUGAAAGUUGAAGAAGACUUCUUUCCCCCCGACCGAGACACAAUGAGUCCACCAUGCUCCAAGGUCCAGUGAUUUCACUCGGGGACGAAGCCGCAGCGUACCUGUGAAUUGUCGGGCAGCAUGUCGCUUUCGCCAGUUCCGCUCUGUUUUCUUCACUUCUGUUUUGUCUUCGCGGUUUCAGGGUUCCAGACAAUGACGCUCACCCCUGACCGAGGCACCACCGUCAACAUCAGCAGUGAGGCCACAGGGUCAUUAUGCAAAGUGUGCACCGGGGAGAGGCAAGAGUGUGACAACUCACUAUUGUUAAAAGGCGACACCCCCGUCGCGGUGGAAUUCAAUUGCCCCCGACCUGAAGAUGAAUUCAGAGUGGAGAUCACACGAGACAUAGAAUGUACCACAGAGGCGUGCAGUGAUGACAUCAUGCAGGCGGACUCUGGCGUCGAUCCGUGGUUGGAUUUCCACCGCAGAUUCACCUGGAACCUGAAAGACUCGGGACCAAAGUCGAUCCAAGUGGACUUUACCAAGACGGGUCUGAGACAAAUUCCUCCAUCUGAAACCUGUCCAGAUAUGCACACCUACACCUUCAAGGCCUUCCAGGCAACAGGGACUGUUGUCCUUGGCAAAUACUGCAGAACAGGCCCCAUCAGCAGUGGUCAGAUUCUAAACGAUGGCAGCUUCUCUCUGGAUGUCCCACCAGGACUGGAGGUCCAAAGUGACCAGUUUGCCGUGUCUGUUGGGGAGGAAAUCAAAUCGCUUGCCAAAAUCACAGUGUCUUUGCCACAUGGAACAUCUUUCUCUGAGUUGCUGUCUCCAAACUUCCCCGAGAGUUUUCCCGACGACGACGUGAUGGAGUGGUACUUUGAGGUCACGGAUAAAAAAAGGGUAGCGAUUGAGUUCCUUGACCUCACUGAGCCACGUUGUCUGAAGAAGGAAACUGCGGCCGAGUACCACAGCAAAGGCUGGCGGGCGCUGGUGAUGGCUCUGACGGACGCACAGCCGGUUCAGAAUCAGGGAGAAUUUUCUCUGAUUCUGAGGAACUGUGAGAUGGACAGAAGACGAGCUGGUUCUCCUGGACUCUCCCUGAAAGUCAAGGUGACAUCCUCACUGGCGAGCUCACCAGUGUUGUGUCGUGUGGACCUGAGGAAAAUGAAGGGCCUUUCUUUGCACAUGGAGAGGCUGAAGUCGGCCUCCGAAUGUGAGAUGAAGAUGAAUUCCGUGACAAGUGAGAAGAUCACGGUCCCGUCCGAAAGCGUUUCUCUGCUGUCUUUCCAGGACUGUCUUCCUCAAGACAUCAACAUCACAGCCAGUGGCGUCAUUGCUUGCAAUCAACAUAAAGACUGUCCCAAGUUUCCGGUGCCUCUUACGGUGCCUUCCCUGCCGAGCUGCCUGCCGUCCUCCCUGAGCGCCGUGACGUGGGCCCUCCGUCCCCCUCUGCACGGCACCGUGGAGCUGAGCUCUUCGAUCGGAGCGCUGCGGCAGUCCUUGCCGGGUCGAUCGUGCAACGACAGCGUCAUUACCCUGACGGAGGACGACGGCACGACUGUCGGCCGCUUCUGUCCUCAGGGGGCCAUCGAGAAGGUCCAAAUCCACACCAACGUAUCGGUCACCGUGGCCAGAGUGGGGGGCCAAGCGCUCAGACCGUCUGGGAAGUCUUUGUUGUCUGCGAGUUUAAAAGAGGAGAUAGCAGAAAGGUACAUCUUCACAGUAUCGCCAAAAAGAGAAGAGUCCCUCCUUCUGCCGACACCCGGUUGGCCAGCGGGGAUGGAGUUCUACGCCACCGUCUCCUGGAUCGUCUCGCUCCCCCCGAAGAUGGAGGCGCACUUGAGGUUCGUCAACCUCAGCCAGCCCAAGUGUGCCAACCGGCACACCAACAUCCGGGUGCAGAGGUUCGACAGUCUGGAGGAGGACUACAGCCGCAGGGAGGACGAGGCGGCGGAUGAGGUCAGCGUCUCCGAGAGCUUCUACCUCAACAUGUCCAACUGCAUGCCCGAGAGCGGAGACUUCAAGGUCAUCACAGAGCUAACUGUCCAGAAAAACCAACUGUUGAUUAUCAUCGUGAGUGUGGUCGCUGCCCUGGUGCUCCUUUUUAUUGCUGUGCUGGUGUUGGUCUGUUUCGUAAUUAAGAAGAAGAAAAAGAAGCUUGAUCAUCAGGUGUCCAUCUACAAUCCCAAUGGCGCCGUCUUCCAGCCCAAGCACAACGGCUUCCCUAAAACACGCGAAGACAACGAGUCCCAUGUGUACGCCUCCAUUGAGGACACGCUUGUCUACACCCACCUGCUGAGAAAAGGGGCAGAGAUGGGCAUCUACACCGAGUCGGACACGUACCAGUCCUUCCCCGGGCAAGCGGACUCUCAGCUGUCGAAAGACGACGACAAGCUGGAGACGGGAGUUUACCGAGCGUAUCCGUCGUCACCUCAGCAGGCGCCCCCGCUUCCCAACAGGCCACCCAGCCACAACCAGGCCCUCGUGGACAAUGUGAUUUACCAGGCCCAGUCCACCUUGGACGAGUCCUCGGCUAAGAUGGGCGCACGGCUGGAGCCGGAGGGAGGCAACUGAUUGGAUGCAGGAUUUCCACGUAGCUCUGUGAUUGACUUAAGCUUGGCCUCAUGGGACGCUGUUUUCCCUGCACGGGUUUUUGCACCAAAUUCACAAACUAGACGUGUUCAAACUUGCAUGUUGCUGCCGCCUGCGUUUGUCUUGAGUGGCGGCACUUCUCUUGUGAAAUCAGAACCGAAUCACCCUUUCCUGCGUCUGACCAAUGGAAAUAGACUGUGUUAUUUUUGAAACAAGGACUGCUUUUCAUUUGGGAUAUUGUACUACCAAUCGUGUUGAGGAGCAGCAAUAUUAUACGUGUUAUUUAAAUGCCUUUUAGCCAUUUUUAAAAAUAAUAAUAAAGUGGUGCAAAGA